GCGGCGGCGGGGAGCCGUGCGGGGCCCGGGCCGGGGCUGGCGGCCACAGCGGCGGCGGCAACCACAGGGGCGGCGGCAGGAAGGAUGGGCGAGCGUUGUUGCGCGGCGGUGCUGCGGGUGCUGGUGCUGCAGGCGGCCUGGGCGCUGGCGGGCGGGCAGGUGCGCUACUCGGUGCCGGAGGAAGCCAAGGCCGGCACGGUGGUGGGCCGUCUGGCGCAGGACCUGGGCCUGGAGGCGGGCGAGGCGGAGGCGCGGCGGCUGCGGCUGGUGGCGCAGGGCCGGCGGGCGAGCGUGGAGGUGAGCGGGGCGAGCGGCGCGCUGCUGGUGAGCUCGCGGCUCGACCGGGAGGAGCUGUGCGGCAAGAGCGCGCCGUGCGCGCUGCGCCUGGAGGUGCUGCUGGAGCGGCCGCUGCGCGUCUUCCAUGUGCAGCUGGAGGUCACCGACAUCAACGACAAUGCCCCCGUCUUCCCCGCCGCCCGGAAAAACCUCAGCAUCGCGGAAUCAUCUCUGCCGGGGUCUCGUUUCCCUCUGGAGGGCGCGACGGAUGCGGAUAUCGGAGCGAAUGCGCAGCUCACCUAUACACUCAGUCCCAGCGAGCAUUUCUCUCUGGAUUUACAAAAAACCGAGAUGGACGGUGAGUCCUUAUUCCUGGUGCUCAGGAAGCCACUGGACCGCGAGACGAUGCCCAUGCACUGGUUGGUGCUGACGGCGAGUGACGGGGGCCGGCCGUCUCUGACGGGGACAAUGGAGCUAGUGAUCUCGGUGCUGGAUGCAAACGAUAACUCGCCCCAGUUCAACCAGUCUGUGUAUAAAGUGCAGCUGCCAGAAAAUGCAGAACGAGGCACUUUAGUAAUCAAACUAAAUGCUAUGGAUUUAGAUGAAGGAUCAAACAGUAAUAUCUCUUAUUCUCUCGAGACUUUGUUUCCUCAGGAUGGAAAAGGCGUUUUCGGAAUCGACAGAAAAAGUGGGGAGAUUCGUCUCAGGAAUAAAUUAGAUUUUGAAGAUGUUAGUCUCUACCGCCUGCAAGUGGAUGCCACAGAUCAAGGAAACCCUCCACUGUCGGGCCACUGCAAGGUGGUGCUGGAGGUGCUGGACGUGAACGACAACGCGCCGGAGGUGUGGGUGACGUCGCUGUCGGUGCCGGUGGCCGAGGACGCGUCGGUGGGGACGGUGGUGGCCCUGCUGAGCGUGUCGGACCGGGACUCGGGGGAGAACGGUCGCGUGCGGUGCUGGGUGUGGCCGGCGUCGCCGUUCGGUCUGGAGGCGACGUUCGCGGGCUCGUACUCGCUGGUGCUGCGCGAGGCGCUGGACCGGGAGCGGGUGUCGGAGUACGAGGUGGAGGUGCGUGCGGAGGACGGCGGGGCGCCGGCGCUGCGCGCCAGCCGCGGGCUGCGGGUGCCGGUGUCGGACGUGAACGACAACGCGCCCGCGUUCGCGCAGGCCGUGUACACGGUGCUGGCGCGGGAGAACAACGCGGCGGGCGCGGAGCUGGCGCGGCUGUGGGCGCGGGACCCGGACGAGGCGGGCAACGGGCGCGUCAGCUACUCGCUGUGGGACGGCGGCCUGGGCGUGGGCGGCGGCGGGGCCGCGGGCUCCUCGCCGGGCGGCGGGUGGCGUGCGGCGUCGAGCUACGUGUCGGUGGACGCGGAGAGCGGGCGCCUGUGGGCGCUGCAGCCCUUGGACUACGAGGAGCUGCAGGUGCUGCAGUUCGAGGUGCGCGCGGUGGACGCGGGGGAGCCGCCGCUGAGCGGCAACGCCACGGUGCAGCUCUUCGUGCUGGACGAGAACGACAACGCGCCGGCGCUGCUGCCGCCCGCGGGCUCGGCACCGGAGGCGGGCGCCGUGGCGGCAGCGGAGGCGAUGCUGUCGGGGGCGGGCUCGGAGUCGGGCACGCUGUGGGCGUGGGCGGCGUGGGGGGCGCCGGCGGGGCAGGUGGUGGCGAAGAUCCGCGCCGUGGACGCCGACUCGGGCUACAACGCGUGGCUGCGCUACGAGCUGUGGGAGCCGCGGGGCAAGGGCCCGUUCCGCGUGGGGCUCUACAGCGGCGAGGUGAGCACGGCGCGGGCGCUGGACGAGGCGGACGGGCCUCGCCAGAGGCUGCUGAUCGUCGUGCGCGACCACGGCGAGCCGGCGCGCUCGGCCACGGCCACGCUCAGCGUGUCGCUGCUCGAGGCGGCCGAGGCGGCGCUGGCCGCGGGAUCCUCGUCGUCGUCGUCGCUGUCGCGCUCGGCGGCGGCCGCCGAGCUCGGGCCCGGCGCGGCCAGCGCGGCCACCAACGUGUGGCUGGUGGUGGCCAUCUGCGCCGUGUCCAGCCUCUUCCUGCUGGCCGUGGUGCUGUACGGGGCGUCGCGCUGGGCGCCGCGGGCGGCCGUGCUCUCGGGGCCCGGGCCCACCACGCUCGUGUGCGCCAGCGAAGUGGGCAGCUGGUCCUACUCGCAGCGCCACAGCCGCAGCCUGUGCGUGACGGACGGUGCUGCCAAGAGCGACCUCAUGGUUUUCAGCCCCAACUUCCCUCCGCCGCCGCCCUGUUCUACAGCCAAGGACACGCAGCCGGAGCCCUCCGCUCUCCUCGAAACGGUCAGUGGCAAUACUUUGCUCACCUCUGUUCACUCCCUUUGCCCCUUGUCUCUCUUUUCCCUCGGUGGUUCAGUUAUUAGCCAGGCUCCGCUCCCGCACUCCUAAGGCAGUGGGUGCUUAGAUGUGCUAAUAGCACCAUUGUAUCUGCUCCUUUGUUCUUGCAGAGGGAGGGUAUCUCUGUAACCCUUUAGGGAACGCGCCUGAAAUUUGCUGCUGUGGGUAUGAAUUGUUCUGCCCUAGAAUGAAAUCUCUGCUGACUAUGGUGAGAGGUGUCCCGCGAUUGCACGAGGCUUCGGUUUUGGAGACUGCCCUGUUUUUUGCUGAUUGUGUAGGUUUUCCACCCGAGGUCACUGAAGUUGUGCAGGUUAGGCUGAGGUGGUGACCGUCUGCCAGGCGCUGUGUAUCUCCUCAUUGCCUUUGCUGACUGCUGACCGUGGUGGUAUCACCUGUGGUUUCUUCUCUGGCGUCAUGUUCUGUCAUUUGUUCUCUGCAAGAGAUGCAAGUCAAGGUGAUCAUUUGGACUUCUGUCCUCAUGUCAUUAUGGAAAUCAGGAAGGCUUUGUGGCCUUUUCAUUGGUUUUUUUUCCCUCCCAGUUUUUGUUAGGUGUAGUUGUUAAUUUGCAUUUCUGGAUGAACAGGUGACUUGAUGCACAGUGAGCUUUUUUUGGUAUGGUUUUUUAAUAUUUACAUUUGGAACACCUUGAAAAGUUUUCUGUAAAUCGUCUUCAAAACAAUGACAACAAAAAUUUCUUCUGCAGAGUACACAGCCACUGUAUUGGUGAGUUCAUUACCGUGUUGCUUGGUCUCUCUCAGCAUGACAUCAGUGUCCAUUGCCAUGAGAGCUGUCCCAACAUGACUGCUCCAGUAAAUAUUGGUCCAGACCAUGUAUGUGAUGCCAUCUGUGUGGAUUUCACAGUGCUCUCACUGCUGGGAAGCGUGAGCAAAAGUCUAAUUGUCCCCUGAGGUAGGAAAGGAAAUUGUGCCUUGUCACAGAGGUGAAUGAGGCAGUGACACUGAGCGAGCCCUGGCCCUGUCCUGGUUUGAAAGGUGACCUGGAGCACUGGGAAGCCUUCUCUGAGGGAACCUGAAAUCAUUUGUGAGACAAUGGGUCAUAUCAUAGGAGGACUGGAAUGGCAAUUGUAUCCUUUUCUGGAGAAUGUUAGAGACUGGGGAAUGGAGAUGAUUAGAGGAAAGCAGGAGGCAGGAUGGGCCCAGAGUGUUUCUGCCCAGGAUCAUUUCUAUGUUCCAAGCAUCUGGUGUUGCAAACCUUUUGUAUCUUGAGGUAAUCUGUGGUAUUGAAAUGGCCACAGAGUCCUUUGUGGUUAUGAAUAUCUCCCAUCAGAAACAGUUCCUUGUGCUGCCUCUGGCCUGACACAGGGAAUUGGUUGGGUAACAGUUGGUAACAUGCAGACUGAUGAACAUUUUUGCUGUUGUUUGGGGGGGUGUUCUUGUGGGAGUGUGGCACCACAAACUGCUUUCCAUGUGUAUUGUAGGGUACCUAUAGCAGCUUCCACAGCUCUUGCCAUGGUGGAUAAUUGCUUCAUCUCUUCAGAGAUCAUUUUUAAGGGCAGUUGAAGGGAUGGGGUUAAUCUGGUGCUAUUCCUCUCCUUCUUGUGCUCCUGCAUGGUCAGUCUGGGUAGAGGUGGUGAGUCCUGUUAUCACACAUGGCUCAUUCUGGUGUCUGGAUGUACACACCCAACCUCCACAUCUACAGAGCAGCCCAAUUCUCGUUUUCUAUUCUUGAAAUUCUCUCAUCUGGUGAACAUUUUGAGUGCACUUGUUCACUAUUCUAAUCACAGAAUGUUUAAGAACUUGGUUUGUAUCUGCUAUUGCUGAAAAGGCACAAAGCAUCCUGGCAUGAGGGAAAAGUCAAAGAGGCACAGAAUGGAUUUGCAGCACGCUGUUUAUUAGUGCCAGGCAUAAUGUAACCCCGUCUUUGGGGUUUGGGGAGGGAAGAGAGAAUGUCUCCUUUACUGCAGAGAUCCCAGGUUGUAAGGUACAGGAUCACAGUAGAUCAUGAGGACAAUCCCAUGACACAGUGCUGCUCUUCUGGAAUCCUAUCAGGACAUCCAGAAGUUCUCCAUAUCUUAGGGUACUGUUAUUCUUCCUGGUAUUGUUGCUUGUGAAGACAUCUGCCCUGUGUGUCUUUAAUUGCUUGGUUUUAAUGUGGAACAUUGUUUGUCAAUGAGAAGAUUUUGAAAUUUGGAGCAUGCUGCUGAGCCUUCUCUGAACACCUUCCUUGCAGUCAGAAGGGAAGAAGGACGAGAGCUUUUCCCAAAGAACGUGUCCCAACAUCACGUCAAGAAUGUUGAUGAGACAGUAAGACAAUUCCCUUCUUGGUAAGGGAAGAGUGAACAGAGGAUGGAAAUGGAAUAAAACUGAAAGCAAUAAGAGUGUACUGAAGGAAGGAAAGAUGGAUAUAGAGAGAGAGAAGGGAAGAAGAGAAGGGAAGAAGAAAGUAGUAGAAAA